AUUACUCUAGUAACUAUAACCGCGCAGGGACAAAUAAUGGAAAUAAGGGUGCAUUCGUUUACGCAGCGGUUAGCGCAUCCACUGCGCAUCUCAUCUGCCAGUCACGUGAUACAUUUUACCGAAUGAAUAUCUGCGUGAACUACUGCUCGGAUUGUCUUCUCCAGUUAAAAGACUAGGAAAACUAGAAAUCACAAUGGAUACAAAUAAUAUUAUUCAUAGUGCAAUAGAAUUGAUCAAUGAUAGCUCAUCAGAUGAUUCUGAUUUAUGGACAGAUAGUUCUGAUGAAGAGCUACUAUUGUUAAAUGAUGUGGAACAUAGACAAGUACCGAAAGUUGAAAAUUUUUGCGGUAUAAUUUUUAGAAUGCACGAAAAAACAUUUCAAUCGCAUUUUCGUCUCACGAGAGGUUCUUUCGAAAUUGUUAGAAGAGCAAUUGGCCCUAUGCUUGAGCCUAAAAACAAAGAAGGAGGUCAUCCUAAUGUACCAUUAGAAAAAGCAAUAUUGUCAACAAUAUGGUUAUUAUCAAAUCAAGAUUCUUUUCGAGAAGUCAGUAAUCUAUUUGAUUUAAGCUCAAGUACUACGCAUAAAAUAUUUCUUAAUAUAUGCGGUGCUUUAUGUAAAAUUGUAAAUGAGUAUUUACACUGGCCAAAUCUAGCAGAGUUUCAAAAUAAAAAACAACAAUUUAAUAAUCUCAGAGGACCAAAUGAUUUUCCAGACGUUGUGUGUGCAGUUGAUGGAAUGCAUAUCGAAAUUCCAGCUCCUAACGUCGAUCCUAAAAGUUAUUAUAAUCGAAAAGGUUUCCACUCUAUUAUUUUACAAGGGAUAUGCGAUGCAAAAUGUCAAUUUAUUGAUAUUUUCAUUGGUUGGCCUGGUGCGACUCAUGAUGCCAGAGUGUGGAGAGAAAGUCCUAUAGGUCAGGCACUUGCAGAAGAUCCAACGCUUAUACCGGAAGGAACUCAUAUUUUAGGAGAUUCUGCAUAUAGUUUACAACCUUAUUUAUUAACACCAUUCCGUGAUAAUGGUCACUUGUCUCGGAGGCAAAAGUUGUACAAUGCAAAAUUAAGUUCAAAGAGAGUUGUCAUUGAACAAGCAUUUGGAAGACUAAGAUCUAGAUUUAGAAGAUUAAAAUUUUUAAAUAUGUCUCUCAUGAAUGAGAUGAAAAUAGUUGUUGUUGCUGUUUGUGUUUUGCAUAAUAUUUGCAUUAGAAAUAAUGAUGAAACGGAAUUAAGUGAUGACGAACAUGAGGAAGAAAACGAAAACCAGGAUGAAGGCAAUGCCAAUCCAAAUGACAAUAUUCUUUUAGAAGCGGCUAAUGAAAAAAGAAAUAGAAUUGUAGAAACUUUGUGGGCGAAUAGAGGAAGAUAAAAUAGGCGAACAAUAAAUAAACAAAAAAAAAAUACAUUAAUGUUAACAUGGGCCACAACUAUUUCCUUAUUUACUACUCAAAUUUUAUGCAUUUAUGAUAACACACGAUAAUAAAACUUAGUUAUAAAUACGAAUAAAUUAUGUCUAUUUUAUAAUA